AUGUCUCUAUCUGCUGCUGCCAACAAGAUAUCGGAGAGUGAUUUCCAGAAUAUUGGGCCUGCACCUCGGCCACCCACCGCUGCGCGGGCCAGUGGGUCUGUCGCUUACAACCAGACACAGCCGACUACGAAGUAUAUGAACCAGCUGAGUUUGGGUGCCUCGAAGUUUACGGACCCUUCAAGCCAACAGGUUUCAUCCAGGUCGAUCUCAUCACCACUGCAAGAUACGAGAAGGAAGGCAGGAUGGGUUUCAUAUAAGGAGAACGGCAUACUAUCGUUUAUUUGGCAGAAGAGGUACAUGGUACUAAAUGAUCUGUAUCUAGCGCUUUACAAAAAUGAGAAGCAUUUGGAUGAUCCCCUGAUUUCAGUUCCGUUGACCAGUAUAGUCAGUGUAAGCAGAAACCAAAUGAAGCAAAACUGUUUUGAGAUUGUACGCAUGAACGAAAGAACGUCACUGAACCUCUCGAACGGGGGGCUGAAUGGGUCUCCCCGGUCGUCAAGUUCCUCAUCCGAUCAAGCAUCGAAGAAAUCAUUGUAUGUGGCAACAAAGACAGAGUACGAUGUACACUCGUGGCUGGACGCCAUCUUCGCGAAAUGCCCGCUUCUGAGUGGGGUCUCGUCGCCUACAAAUUUCACGCACAAAGUACACGUUGGGUUUGAUCCAGAGACGGGCAGCUUUGUCGGGAUGCCCACCAACUGGGAGAAAUUGCUGAAACACUCGCGGAUCACAGGUGACGAUUGGAACAACGACUCAGCUGCCGUUAUACAGGUGCUGCAGUUUUACCAGGAAUACAAUGAGAUAGACAUCAAUGGGCAACAGACCACAGGUGGUCCUGCCAGCGCCAGAUCGCAACCGAACUCGUUGAUCAACAAAUACCCUAGUACAUCGUCGGACGUUUCGUUGGGGUCGUCGUCGUCAAGCUCGAGCUCCAGUUUCCAGCAAAACCGUCACGCCUCAAACGAAAUGAUGCCACAGAGACGUGCACCAUCGCCUCCAACGUCACAUGGCUCCAACCAUUCGGUGACAUCGCAGCAUAAGCAACAAGCUAUGUCUUUAUCUCAGCGCGCUCAACUGAAUCAGAGUUACAUAACGUCACAGCAGCAGCAUCAGCAGCAGCAAAUGGAAUCGCAGAAAGUAGUUUCUCCAACUGCGGUCAAUUUGCCUCCCAGAUCUGCUCUUCGCCAAACGCCCCGUCAAACACCUCCACCACAACAACAACAACCAAUGCAAUAUCAACAGCAACAGCACCAGCAACAGCAGUAUCCCCAGUACCAACAGCAACAGCAGCAACAGUAUAGGCAACAGUUCCCGCAUCAGUACAAUUCCGGCAAUCAAAGAAUAUCUCCUGUUGCUCAAAACACUAAACCGUAUCACAACCAGCACAACCCUUACGCUGCUCAGAAACCACAACAACUACCCCCACAGCAUGGACAAAUUCAGACUGCCCAAAAAGUUUCUCCAGUCAAACAAGGACCUAGCAUUUCCCCCGUGAAGCUGCAACCGCAAAGGGCUGCACCCAAACCACCCAGUCAAGUCGCGGACAACAAUAUUAGCGUCACAGCAGCUGCAGUAGCGAUGAAACAGGAGCCGCAGGUGAACAAAAUUAUUCAACCGGCACGGGAGGCACCACGGAAACCAAAGACAGAACCUAAAAAGGAUGUUGGUGUUACAAAACAGAAAAAGACUUCAAAGCCAACAAUGUCGAAUGCCGAGGUUAUAUCUAGGUUGAGGAGCGUUUCUAUCAACACGGACCCUUCGCCACUAUUCCAAAUGAUCGAAAAGGCAGGCCAAGGUGCUAGUGGGUCGGUCUACUUAGCUGAAAGACUGGUACUACCUCCAUUAGAAUCACGCCAAGCUGAAUCCGAUGGUGAGAAUAUGAAGGUUGGCGAUAAAGUGGCUAUCAAGCAGAUGAUACUAUCUAAACAGCCACGUAAGGAACUGAUCGUUAAUGAGAUUCAUGUAAUGAAGGAUUCAAAACACAAGAAUAUAGUCAACUUCAUCGAAUCGUAUUUGAAGACUGAAGAUGAUCUAUGGGUGGUUAUGGAGUAUAUGGAAGGCGGGUCCUUGACAGAUAUUAUCGAAAAUAGCCCGACAAACGGCAGUACUCAUUCCCCACUAACUGAACCACAGAUUGCAUACAUUGUUAGAGAGACCUGUCAAGGGUUGAAAUUUUUGCACGAUAAGCAUAUUAUUCAUAGAGAUAUCAAAUCUGAUAAUGUUCUUCUCGAUACACAUGCCCGCGUUAAAAUCACUGAUUUUGGGUUUUGCGCAAAGCUAACGGACCAAAGGAAUAAACGUGCUACAAUGGUUGGUACACCUUACUGGAUGGCACCGGAGGUCGUAAAACAGAGAGAAUAUGAUGAGAAGGUUGAUGUUUGGUCUUUAGGUAUAAUGGCGAUCGAGAUGCUGGAAAGCGAGCCUCCUUACCUGAACGAAGAUCCAUUGAAGGCCCUGUAUUUGAUUGCGACCAAUGGUACACCGAAACUGAAGUAUCCGGAAACACUCUCAUUGGAGAUAAAAAGGUUUUUGAGUGUUUGUCUUUGUGUGGACGUCAGAUACAGAGCUUCAACUGAGGAACUGCUCCAUCAUGUGUUUUUCAGUAUGGCGUGCGAACCUAAUGAACUGACACCGCUACUGGACUGGAAGGACUAA